AUGAGCGCCUUGAGAUCUGCAGCCGUCCAGAGCGUGGGCAGCUGCAGUCGUGCUCCGUCAGCAGCAGCUGCUGCUGCUGCUGCUGGAGCAGCAAGGGCGACUCGCUCCGACACUGGUGGCAGGGGAACCUCCCUCUUGAAGGCUGAAAGUUUUGAACUCAAGCCCAGUAGGUGGCGAUGUGGGGCACUGUGGCGGCUCCAGGAGCAGCAGCAGCAGCAGCAGCAGGUGCAGCAAAAGCAGCAGCAGGUGCAG